UUGUAUCAUGACGUUAUAUCAUCAACAAACUUACAGUUUACGCGACACCUUUAAUACCUUAUGCAAUUUGACACCCUGAACAUGUCUGGUUAUUGGUGGUCUUUGUGACAACGGAUGCCCUUUUUUGGCUAGCGAUUUUCAACACCCACACUAGCUACAGUAGCCUAUGCAGUAGGCUAUGCAGUACUUCACGUAGGUGUGUGCGUGGGCAUAGCUUCCUUAAAAUAGGAAUCCAAAUGACCAAGGAAAUUUGAGUUUGAAAUGCCAGUGGGUUGAACUUUCUGUAAACUGUCGGUUAAUGCAAAACAUUGAGCAUGACUUACCAACGUUUUAACAUUGUCUUAUUUUUAUUUUAUUUUGGAAAGGCACAAUAUUUUAUCUUUGUUUGCUGAAUAUCUUUACAACACAUAGGCUAUACCAACAGCAAUUUUAGAACUAAUUAAACUGGGUCCCUUAUCAAAUUCCAAGGCUCAUGCAGGAUAAUUUAUCCUGUUUAGAAUAUGUAGUAGACCUACAGGAAAUAAUGCUCGGGGUUCUAUGCUUUGCUUUUCUUAGCAAUGAGUAAUCUGUGUAAACUCUGGAUGAGUUCUGUAUGAGAUUAGGCCUACUUCAUUGUACAUUUUCUGAAUCACCAAGCAAAAAUUGAGUUUUUCUGGCUCACAUUUGUGGAAUACAAAAGGGAAAUUUUAUUUGUAACAGUAAGUGAUGACACUGUACAGUGCAUUCCAUGAAAUUCUUCUGAAAGCUAAAUUUUAUCCAAAUGAUACAAGUGGACGUUACUAGAGACACCCCACCUUGGAUUGCUUCUGCCCGCGGUAGCUAAAAGUUCCGGAUUGAUAGUUAUUGUAUGAAAUGGGUUUGUUUGAGUGAUUAGGCUACUGAAAGAAACACUCCCAUACUAGUUUUGGUAAUGGCUGGAACAGGGAUAACAUGGGAUGAAAGAAAUCUGUUUGACUUGACGUAUACAUUCUCUUUGUUUGAAAAGAAAAGAUUUGGCUACAUUCCAUGAUUCGUGUAUUAGCUCAUAGAACACAAGAGAAAUUGGAGUUAAGAAUGAAGCCAAACGAUACCAAUUUGGCAUUUAAAAUCUACUUUAUUAAUCAGAUUCAUACUUAUUGUUAUAAUCCCAGAGGGCAAUUGAGAUGCAGCAUUAAGAUGAAAUACAGUACAAAAACAUAAAAGAAUCAACUGACAGUAUGAUAUGAAACACGCAGAAAAAACAUACACCCCUACCUCAUAUAAAUAGCUUAGUGCCUACCACGGUUUCCUGAUUUCAAUUUGUUUAAUACACCCAUGGCUGAAGGAACAAGAUCAUUUCUGUAUCAGUUAGUCUUAAUAUUUGGCAGCCAAAAGCGCUGAAGGAUAGAGGGAAAAAAAUUCAAAAUGCAGUGGAUGGUUCAAGUCUAGAGGGGUGGCCUGAGACUUUCGCAUGGCCUUUCUGUCAAACAGCUCCAACAGAAGCUUCUGUUUUACUCCAAUUAUCUUUCUGUACUGAUCAACAGUAUGGUUAGGUAAAUUCCUAUGUAUGACAUUCAAAUUAGCACACCAACGUAUAUUGAGACUUAAAACGGACUCAGUAAAAGACUUAUAAACCAUCAUCAUCAGGGUCGUGUCAAUAUUAAAAGAUCUGAGCUUCCUUAAGCAAAAUAAAUGCUGUCUUUUGCAAUGCAUCAGUAUUUACAUUAAAGGACAACUUACAAUCAGUAAUAGUGCCCAGACCUUUGUAACUCUUUUUACACUGUCUACUUCUUGGCCCUUAAUUAUUUUUUGAGUAGUGGCACAGGGUUUGUAUCUAAAACCAAUGGUCAUAUUUUUAGUUUUUAAAACAUUAAGCUGUAGAAAGGCAUCAUCACACCACUGUAGAAAGUCAUCCAUUACAGGCCCAUGACAGGUGUCCUUAUCACCAAACAGACUAACAACAGUGGAGUCAUCAGCAAAUUACCUUAUUUUAUCUUCACGCUGGCUACGGGAUAUAGUGGAAUUUGCUGACAUCUAGACACCUAAUCUUAUGUCAAGUGCAGUAAAAUAAUUCAUCCUUCAAAUGAAUACAUUUUAUUUGACAAUAACAAAAAUCACCACAACUGAUUUGUUAAAAACUUAAUUGGACUAUUUAUUAAUCUGUCAAAUUAAUGAACUAAUCAAUACAGUGAUUCAAUGUUGGUUUAUUUGGUGAGAAAUUAAACAGCUAAAAAUGGACCCAUAUGUAUGUAAGACUAAAACAAUUCCAAUCUAUUCAUAGCAAAAAGCAAAAUUCUUUGAACCUGAAUUGAACUUUUUCUUCUGGAAAACCCAUAGACUAUGUGUGAAGUGAUGUCAUGGAGAAUUGAAUAAAGUCUCUGAAACAGGAAGCGUCUUUGGUAGUUCGCUUCUGCCUGACGGUGUGAUGAUGUUACUGCAGCUACAGAUUUGCUUUCUAGUCCUUGUUGUAAGGGGCAUGGCGACGGCUUUGAAAACAGAAAACAUAACUGUGAUGGAGGGGGACACACUAAUACUCAGGUGUUCAAUUCAUGUUGCCAAUGUCACACAUUUAGAAUGGAAAAAUCCUAAUGGGUUUGUGAUAUUCUUCAACAGCCAUAAAGCCCUUCGGAACAAACGCUACAGGCUUGUCACCUUUUCCCACUCAGAAUAUACAAUUAGCAUGGCGAAUGUCAAUUUUAAAGAUGGAGGCCAUUACACAUGCUUACAAUACACCCAGCCAGUCAUAACAAAGCGAUUCAAAGUGACAGUUGUAGGUUUCCCUAAACUGGAGAUGACUGAGCAUGAAGACAGGACCGCAAUCAAAUGUUCAGCUGAGGCAAACUCUUCUCCUCCCAGAAUAUCUUGGCGAUUUGAAAGUGGGUUACAGCUUGAUGCUCCCCACGCCCAGUACCAGUGUGGUGUAAAUCCUGACAAAUGCUCAUCGGUGGACAUAAUCCUAGUCCAAGCUCUCAAGAGGAGGGUUACUGUGAAGUGUAUUAUUCACCACCAAGCCUUGAACUCCCAUCUGAUGAACUUCAUAUCUAUUACAAAAGAUUCUACAGAAGAACAAUUCUCAUCUGCAACAGUAGGAUAUUGGUCCAGUACAGCUGAUACAACAGAGCAAGCAACACAAUCAACCAUCGACCCUCACUCUGGCACUGACAGUAACCCCACAGUAGCAGUGACCACCAUAUCAGCAUUAACAAACACCAGCACCAACUCCAGUUUUGGAGGUAAUACUACAGCAGCAGUGACCACCAUAUCAGCAUUAACAAACACCAGCACCAACUCCAGUGUUGGAGAGCCUCAAAAUGAAUGGGACCAGAGAGAUAGCGAGAGACAGAGUGCCCCAGUACUCAUUUUCCUUGUGACUUGUCUCAUCCUUGGCCUGCUGGUGGUGGUCAUUUUCUUCUUGAUCAAGCUGCGAAAAGCUCACGUGAUCUGGAAGUUAGAAAAUGAAAAUUCUGAACAAUCACUGGAGAGUAGCAAAUCAAAAUCAAGCCAUGAAGAAAAGCAGUCUCAAGAAAGAAAGCUCGGGACUAGUGUAAUUAACCCAGGAUAUCAAAAUACCAACUUUACAAGAUACAUAGCUGAGGAAGCUCCUGCUGAGGCAGCAACUAAUGUUCAGAAUGGAGAGUCCGCUGAUAUUCAGAGGGACAGCCGAAACCCGUGUGUAGUGACCACUUGCACUCAGAUAAAGGAGACAGAACUGUAGGAGCUACCACCAGACACUGUACAAGGAUGUGAUUGGUGGUUUUACUGUACUUUCUCACAUGGACUGAGUAAAUUAUCAGCAGAUUUGCACUGGGCACCAACAAGCUAUCAUCUGGCAGUCAAAGUUUUUUUUUUUCUUUGCAUGGAGCAAAAUAAAAAACAAACAAAACAAAACAAAACAACAAAAAAAAACAAACAAAAAAAAAACAUGAAGACUGCUGACAAGUUCCUGGAGGAAUAGAAGCAAUAAGCUCCUGUUAGCCAACCUCUCUUUAAGGAAUCAUGCCAAUGAUUCUGUCUGUAUGCAAUUUUGUUUUGCAUUUGUAUUUGUGUGAAUGUUUUAUAGCAAUUAUUUAUUUAUUUUACUGUUUAUCGAUUUAUUAAAUGCAUCUUAUUUUAA